AUGGCAAAGAGGAAGCGAGAGAAUGGCAGUGAAGCUGCGAAGAAUGGAAGGCGGAGGAGUGGAAGAGGGAAGCCUGGCAAGAAAUUGAUCAUCAAUGCCUUCGUGGAAAUGUGCAGUGGGCACCAGUCGCCGGGGAUGUGGAGGCAUCCCGAUGACCAUUCCCACGAGUUCAACGACCUCGACCAUUGGGUAGACCUUGCAAAACUGCUGGAAGAAGCCAAGGUCCAUGGCAUAUUCAUAGCUGACGUUCUCGGUGGCUACGAUGUGUACAAUGGCAAUCUUGAUGCGGCAAUAACAUCUGGUGCUCAGUGGCCAGUCAACGAGCCGUUGGCGGUCAUCAGUGCAAUGGCUGCAGCGACCAAGAGCAUUGGAUUCGGUGUGACAGUGUCGACUACUUAUGAGCAGCCAUAUCAUUUGGCUCGACGACUCUCAACUGUCGACCAUUUGACCAAGGGCCGACUAGGCUGGAAUAUCGUGACGAGCUAUCUAGACUCGGCUGCGAGGAAUAUGGGCAUGAAGCAGCAGUUGCCACACGAUGAACGCUACGCCCAAGCUGAGGAAUACGUCAAAGUGAUGUACAAGCUCUUUGAGUCUUCCUGGAGAGAUGACGCCGUUGUCCUAGAUCGAAAGAAAGGAGUGUACACCGUGCCAGACCGGGUUCGACAGAUAGACCACCAAGGCAAGUACUUCCAAGUACCCGGACCACAUAUCUGCCAGCCCAGUCCUCAGCGAACACCAUUGAUCCUGCAAGCGGGCGCCUCAAAAGCAGGUAAAACCUUUGCAGCGCAAAAUGCAGAAGCAAUCUUUGUUUCUGCGCACGCCCCGGUGGUGUGCGCAAAGAAUAUUGCUGAAAUCAGGGAAAUUGCUUCAUCGCAGUUCGGCAGAAAUGGCAGUAGCAUCAAGUUCCUCGCCCUUGCUACCCCUAUCCUAGGGAGAACAGAAGCGGAGGCACAGGCGAAGCUUGCAGAUUAUCGCAAGUAUGCGUCAUUGGAGGGUGCCCUAGCACUCUUUUGCGGUUGGACCGGGAUUGACUUGGGCAAGUACGGCGAUGAAGAGGAGUUGCGACAGGUUGAGAGUAAUGCAGUGCGCUCGACGGUGGAAGGAUUUGCUCGCUUCUCGCCCGGUACAUCCAAAUGGACCAAACACACAGUGGCAGAGCACAUCAGCAUUGGUGGCAUUGGACCCCUUUUCGUCGGUACGCCGUCACAGGUGGCAGAUGGAUUCCAGACAUGGGUGGACGAAGCCGAUGUGGAUGGCUUUAACAUCGCAUAUGCACUCUUUCCCCAGUCUUUCAAGGAUGUUGUGGAGCUACUGCUUCCAGAGUUGAAGAAGCGUGGGAUGUUUUGGGAAGACUAUGCAGUGCCCAGCGGCACGUAUCGAGAGAACUUUUAUGCAACCAAGGGACAGAAAGGGCCUCUAGACGAGCAUGUGGCGUCGACUUAUCGAUGGAAAGUGGGAGUUGACGCCAAGGACCACAUCAUCCCAGAAUAG